AAGCAUGACAGUGCUGUGACUAACAGCCACUGACAAGACUUGCCAACCAUGAACUCAUUUACAGGAAUCAGGAAGAAAUGGGAGGCAGCGGAGUCACACAAGAAGCCUGCAAACACAGGGCAAGAAGAUGGUCAGUCUGCAUCAAGAAUAAACAUUCAGAGAAGUUCAGCAAGCCCAAUAGCAAAGCAUCGGCGAGUGGGCCGGGUAAUCUGUGGAGUUUGUGGAAAGAGAUUUGUCAGGACUUGUGAACUGUUCACACAUCAGCGUACCCAUACAGGUGAGAGGCCGUACCAGUGUUCAGACUGUGGGCGUUGCUUUUCCGUCCAAUCCACACUGGUCAGCCACCAAAGUAUCCAUACUGGGGAGAAGCCUCACAAAUGCCAGGAGUGUGGCAAAAACUUCCGACUUAAGAGCAAUCUGACCCGCCACCAGCGCGUCCACGAUGGUGUGAGACCAUACCAAUGUGAGUACUGCGGGGCCAGCUACAGCACUAAAGCGCACCUGGUCUGGCACCUCAACAGCCACACAGGAGAGAAACCGUACAAAUGUACAGAGUGCUCGAAACGUUUUGGAGAAAUCUCCUCUCUGGUAGAGCAUCUUCUCUCCCACCAAGGUGAUAGUGGUGGUGGGAAAAUCGGAACUAUCACCACUAGUUGUUCAGGUAGCAGGAACCCUCACCACUGUAACGACUGUGGAAAGAACUUCUGUCGGAGUACCACAUUAGCAGAGCACCGUCGCAUUCACACUGGUGAGCAUCCCUUCACUUGCGGAGAGUGUGGGGAGCGUUUCAUGCGUCGAGCUCUCUACAGUGAACACAUCCGCAUGCAUUCUGAAGAGGGCCCACCCAACCUAUGUGUAGCUUGUGGGAAAUCCUUCACGAAGCGCUAUUCUCUUCUUCAGCACCAGCGGUCACACACAGGAGAAAAGCCCUACCAGUGCCCAGACUGCCCCAAAAGAUUCAUUGCCAGCUCUGCCUUGACACAACACCGGCGAAUACAUACCGGAGAGACACCCUACCUGUGUCCAGACUGCGGGCGCCGUUUUAGCCAGAAAUCAGUGCUUACGACUCACCGGAGACUUCACACAGGUGAAAGGCCCUACAAAUGCCAGGAGUGUGGGAAAGGGUUUAGCCAGAGUUCAGCCCUGACCCAGCAUCUCCGGACUCACACUGGGGAGUCUCCAUACAGCUGUGGGGAGUGUGGGAAGAGCUUUAGUGGUAUGUCAGCCCUCAAGCGGCACCACCUCACCCAUACUGGCGAACGCCCCUUUCGUUGUGAUGAGUGUGGCAAGGGGUUCAAGCAAAGCUCCACUCUGGUCCAGCAUCAGAGGAUCCACACCCGUGAGAAGCCUUAUGCCUGUAUCCAGUGCAACAAGAGCUAUAGCCAACGGGCUGCUCUUGCUAAGCACUUGAGGACCCAUGCCAAGGACUCCUCACUUCCUAGUACAGACCCCGAGCUAGCAGAUACCAAAGUUUACAAAGAUCCUUUCAUCCGAUCCCGAGAGGUGAAGAAUGACACAGAGAAUGACACAGAGGAAGAGGGUGAUGAAGUACUGGUGCUUCCUCCAGGGACAUGGGAUGCUGAGGUCAAAGAGGAGCCCGAGGAUAAGUGGGAGAACAGUGUAUCAUCUGUGGAGAUGGGGCCAUUUAUACGGGCGAAAGAGGAGGAGUUGGAUGAGGCACGGUUGGAAGUACCAACAAUAUCUCUGAGGAUCAAAGAGGAACCAGAUGGCUGCCCCUCCUUGAGCUCUCCCGGUCUCUGCGGCUGGCUUCCGUCGCUGCUCCCGCUCUCGUUCUUGCUUCUCGGCGGCGUGAUGGAGGGGCAGCACAUAAUGGCUCAGGUGCACAUCCAGACGCCGGUCUCCUCCUCCUCCUCCUCGUCCUCUGUGGCAGGGGAAGAAUCCAGGAAGCUGCCCAAUCCGGUCCGAGUGGCAGCCCGGGAAAGGAUGGUGGGAGGCCGUUUGUUGGACAGUCAUAGCCUGGAUGGGAUCAGCCAGGUGUAUGGAGCCUCCAAGGCCCAGGAAGGCAGGAGGGCCACCAUAUCCAGCGCCCUGGAGCUGGAGGGGACCGUGAGCCACGAUGGGGACCUGACCCACUUUGUGGCCAACAAUCUGCAGAUGAAGAUCAAGAUGAGUUCCAGGGGCAGCCUGGAUGACACGGAGCCCACCUCCUCCUCCACGAUGUCUUCGCAGCUGUCUGUACGGGGCAAAGCCGCAGACAUCCCUCCGAUCGACCCAGAGGUGAUCCGGGAUCUGGAGAGGCUGACCAGGGAUGUGGCUCAGAGAGUGGACCAGAUGCUGAGAGUCUUGAACGGCUCCGUCCAGAACAUGACGGCCUUGAGCGUGGGCUACAUCCAGACUUACCGGGAUGCUGUGGACAGCUUGGGUGAAUCCGUGGACAUGAGCAUCAAAGGGAUGUACACCCUGAUGGCCAGGUGUGAGGAGCUGGACCGGUCCAUGCAGCCGGUCCAUACUCUUGCGAAACAGAUCCGGGAGAUCAAGCGGACACUAGAGAUCUUUGAGGCGCUUUGCAAGUAUGAAUUUAGUUUGCAGCAGAGAGAUAAAAUCUGUGAUAUGGCUGUUUCCACAGAGUUGUUCGAAGUGAAGGAUAAUAAUAAUGACGAAGGGGUGGGACCAUUAUGGAAAGAAGAUGUGGAGAUUCACAGAAGAGCUGAGAUGCAGGCAGAACACUCUCCAGAGAAGGAAAUCACUGCAGAAGGUCAUCCAGUAGAAAUCACUCAAUAUGAGGCCAGUAAUGGUGAAUCUGUAGUCAUUGUGGAGCAAGACGCUAUUGACAACCUUUCUGACAGUGACAAGAUACCCAAAGCCACCAUUUGUCCUGACUGUGGAAAAAGCUUUAGCAACAGUUCUCACCUGGUUCGGCACCGUCGUGUCCACACAGGCGAGAAGCCUUAUAAAUGCCCCCACUGUGACAAGAGCUACCGCCAGGACUCCCACCUGGUCCAGCAUAUGCGCUCCCACACGGGAGAGAAGCCGUACCGCUGUACUCACUGCGGCAAGGGCUUCUCGCAGAGUUCCAACCUCAUCAUCCACCAGCGGACACACACAGGUGAGCGCCCUUUCACCUGUCCUGAAUGUGGGCGGAGCUUCAGCCACAGCUCCGAUCUCAUCCAGCACAAGCGGAUCCACACGGGCGAGAAGCCCUACGUCUGCUCCAUCUGUGGGAAAUGCUUCUCGCAGAGCUCCAAGGUCACCCAGCACAAGCGCUUCCACUCCGGAGAACGGCCAUUUUCCUGCGGGGAAUGUACCAAGACGUUCCGCCUCCGGGCCGACCUGGUCCGCCACCUCCGCGCCCACACCGGCGAGCGGCCCUUCGGCUGCCCCGAGUGUGGGAAGCACUUUGCCGAGAGUUCCCACCUGAUCCGCCACCAGAGGAUCCACAUGAGCGAGCGGCCCUUCCGCUGCCCGGACUGCGGGAAGGGGUUCAACCAGAGCUCCAACCUCCAGCAGCACCAGCGAGUGCACAGAGGCCAGAAACCCUUCAAGUGCGACGAGUGCGGGAAAGGGUUUGGCGUAAGCUCGGCACUCUUGCAACACCAGCGCACGCACACGGGCGAGCGGCCCUACUGCUGCAGUCAGUGUGGGAAGAGCUUCAGCGUCAGCUCCACCUAUCACAUACACCAGCGCAUCCAUGCCGGCCAAAAACCCUACUCCUGCGCCGACUGCGGGAAAGGCUUUGUGCGCAGCUCUGCUCUCCUCCAGCACCAAGCCACCCACACCGGUGAAAAGCCCUUCCGUUGCCCUUACUGUGGGAGGGGCUUUGGCCAGAAGUCAGCACUUUCUCAGCACAGGCGGGCCCACGUGAGGAGAGGCGAGGCACUGGCUUUGGUGGAGGGGUGGGAAGCCGGAGGGAUGGAAGGUGUCGGGGAGCAGGGAGUGGAAGGAGGCGAGGAUGGCAUGUGGCAAGGCAACGGCAUAAGGCUCAUGGAGCGGGAGUGGCGGGAGGAAGAGAGCCCGAGGCAGGAAUGGGAGGACGAGGGGGAUGAGGCCGAGAGGCCCGAUUGGCACGAAGAUGCCGACGAAAGCGUAGAGAAGCGAUUGCUGGAUGGCGGCGGGGAGAGCGAGGGGCACGGUUGGGAGUGCACGGUGGGUCAGGCCAUGAGGGCACAGUGGCGGGGGGACGAGAGUGUGGAGCGGAGCUCGCAGGACGAUGGCACCAGCAGCAUGAGGCUGGAGUGUCAGGAGGACGAUGACGAGAAAGCAGAGGAGGGUCUGCAGGAGGAGGGUCCCGAGGGUGUGAGGCUGGAAUGUCAGGACGACGACGACGAUAGCAUGGAGGAGGGUUUGCGGGACGGGGGUGGUCAGAACUCCAGGCAAUUGUGUCGGGAGGAGAGCGCGGCGCGCGAGUGGCAGGGUGACGCAGGCCAGGGAACAAGGGAAGAGUGGGGUGCGUGCGCCGCAGAGGAGAACAGCAGGCGGCAGGCGGCAAGCGUGGAGCGAGAGUGGCAGGACAGUGGGGAGGAUGGCGAGAGACAUCGUUGGCAGGGAGAUGAAGAGGACAGCUUGGGAGGGGAGAGCUGGAGUCAGGGCUGCCCGGGUGAGGAGGAGGAGGAAGAGAUUGUGGAAUAA